AUGAUAACGAGAAGCCAAAGUGUGAGAAGAAGCUUCACAACGAUGCUGCUAAUGGCGUUACUGGUCUGGUCUGCAACUCUAGAGACCUGCAUUGCAAGAAGAGGGAGACACUGGAGACAGAACAGAAGCUCCUCUGCCGAGUCACCUUCCUUGUCCAGCAAGAAACCAAACACCCACCAUAGCUCUCACCACCCUUACCACAAAUCCAAACCUAAACCUAAACCUAAACCAGAGCCAAAACCACAGCCACCGCCUCCCAAGGGGGAUGAUGACUCGCCGGCUCUGCCUCCGCCGCCGCCACAGCCACAGCCACAGCCGCAGCCGCCGAAAAAGGGUUAUGGGUCGGCCCCGAAACCGCCGCAGGGUUCUGGAGUGUUCAAUGUGUUGGAUUUUGGCGCCAAGGGUGAUGGCAGGAGUGAUGAUACAAAGGCCUUUGAAGCGGCUUGGGCUGAAGCCUGCAAAGUCGAGGCCUCGAUGAUGAUCGUACCGAAUGAUUACGUUUUCCUCGUCGGUCCUAUCUCCUUCUCGGGUCCUUACUGUCAAGCAAACAUUGUAUUCCAGCUUGACGGGACGAUGGUUGCACCGACAGAUUCGAAUUCGUGGGGAAAAGGGCUGAUGUGGUGGAUUGAGUUCACGAAGCUCAAAGGAAUUACAGUGCAGGGGAACGGUGUAAUCGAUGGAAGAGGUUCUGGGUGGUGGCAAGAUUACCCCUUUGAAGAUCCCAUUGACGACUUAACCAAACUCAUCGUCCCUUUGAACAACUCUGUUCAAGAACGCCCACCGAUGCCUGUGAGAAGUGAGCUCAGUGGAAGAAUGCCAAGCAUCAAACCAACGGCAUUGCGAUUCUACGGGAGUUUUAACGUGACAGUGACGGGCAUUACUAUCCAGAACAGUCCACAGUGCCAUCUCAAGUUCGACAACUGUGUUGGGGUUUUGGUGCACGACAUGAGCGUGUCUUCGCCCGGAGAUAGUCCGAACACAGAUGGGAUACACUUGCAGAAUUCCAAAGAUGUGCUCAUUCAUGGCACCACACUUUCUUGCGGAGAUGACUGUAUUUCUAUCCAAACGGGAUGCUCAAAUGUGUACAUACACAAUGUGAACUGUGGACCAGGACAUGGCAUCAGUAUCGGAAGCCUUGGAAGAGACAGUACCAAAGCCUGUGUUUCCAACAUCACGGUCCGAGAUGUAAUCAUGCACAAUACAAUGACUGGUGUCAGAAUCAAGACUUGGCAGGGCGGGUCUGGCUCGGUGCAAGGAGUAAUGUUCUCGAACAUUCAAGUCUCGGAGGUUCAAUUCCCGAUCGUGAUAGACCAGUUCUACUGCGACCACGCCAGUUGCAAGAACCAGACAUCUGCUGUGGCUGUAAAAGGAGUCACCUACGAGAAAAUACGAGGCACUUACACAGUGAAACCCGUGCAUUUUGCCUGCAGCGACAACUCUCCCUGUGUAGACGUACAACUAUCCUCCAUAGAGCUGAAGCCAAUUCAAGAACAGUAUCACAUGUACGACCCAUAUUGUUGGCAGACAUUUGGAGAGCUCAACACACCGACAGUUCCUCCGAUUGAUUGCUUACAGAUUGGAAAACCAUCGAGGAACGGUGUUCAGUCCGAUCAUGAUCUCUGUUGACCUGCAACGAGCAAGCAAACUGAGGGGAAUUUAGAAUGAUCCAUCCAUUGUAUAUCUUUAGCGAAUUUAUAUGAUCCAUACAUACUGUUAUUAGCGUUUAUAUCGAUUCUCUGUUGUGUGAGAGUGUUUUGAUAUGCUUUUAGAGGGUAGAAAUUUAGUGUAAGGCAGGCUUGUUCACUGUUUUGUAGUCUCCUCUCCUCUGAGAGAGAGAGAGAGAGAGAGAAGAACAGAACAACUUUCCUGGUUGCUUGAUGAGCAGUA